ACGUACUCCCGGUAAACGCCAAUGUUGUGUGCGCAUUUGUUUUUUCGCCGACUGGAAACACGUUUAUGCUAUAAGUUUGUGCUUGCCACGCCGGUCUCUUUGAUUUAAACUUGAAGGUGUGGAGCCUGUCAUCUGGUAAAAAUGUCCGAGCAGUUGUUGCAGUGGUGUGUGGAACAGUUACAUCACAAGUUUGGAUUGGAGGCGUGUGAAGAAAUCGUCCAAUACAUUCUAUCAAUCGAGAAAGCUGAAGAGAUUGAGGAAUAUGUGGGAGACCUCCUGCAGGGCACAGAUGGGAAAAAGGGCCAGUUCAUUAAUGAGCUCCUCAGCAGAUGGAAGAAGACUCAAAGACAGGCAGCAGAUACCACAGGUCUUUUCAUUCUCAAAGAAUCUGUUUCAUCACCAGAUGCACAAGAUAUGACCCGAGAUACCCAGAAGAAAUCUAAACGCAAAGGACGCAACAAACAGGAGGUGAUGACCGUGAGCCAAGCAGAACCUGUGCCAGAAGCUGUAAAAACCCCCAUUGAUCUGAUGAGGGCCCAGGAAAAUGGUAAUACAUCAUCAUCAAAGAAGAAAACAAAGUUUGUCAGUCUCUACGCUAAAGAGGGUCAGGACAGGCUGGCUGUGUUACUCCCAGGUUGGCAUGCUUGUGAAUGCCUUGCCCAAAAGCACAAGCUUAUUAACAACUGCAUCACCUGUGGCCGUAUUGUGUGCGAGCAAGAGGGCUCAGGACCCUGUUUCUUCUGUGGCAGCCUGGUCUGCACAAAAGAAGAACAGGAGAUCCUCCAACGAGACUCCAACAAAAGCCAGAAACUAAGAAAGAAGCUCAUGGGCGACUUCGGAGAAAGAGAAUAUUUCUCACACCAAGAGGCCACGAUGAAGGCUGGGCUGGAGAAAGCAAUUCAGCACAAAGACAAACUGCUGGAAUAUGACAGGAAUAGUAUCAGAAGAACACAGGUUCUGGAUGACGAGUCUGAUUACUUUGCCACUGAAUCCAAUCAGUGGUUGUCACCCAAUGAGCGAGAGAAACUGAAGAAAAAGGAAGAGGAGCUGAGAGAGCUUCGCCAUGCCUCUCGCAAAGACAGGAAGAUCACACUUGACUUUGCUGGUAGACAAGUAAUUGAAGAGGGAAACAACCUGAAUGAGUAUUACAACAAGUUGGAUGAGACCCUCAAGGCAAUGAGCAAUGAAUCAGUGUCUAAAUCACCAAUGUAUUCUGAAAGAAAGGGUGGACGGCAGGGCCUCAGAGAUCUGGUGAAUCCCAACAUAAUGCAAUCUGCACCAGAGUGGGUUGAUGUUGGAGAGAGUGAAAGCCACAAGAAACCAAUGGAGAAGGGAAAGAGUGCAAUGGAGGACAAGGGAAGAGAAGAACGACACCGGUUGAGGCUCCAAGACAAAGAGCUGCAGGAGAUGUCCGAUGGCGGCUGGUGCCUCAGCAUGCACCAACCGUGGGCCUCGCUACUGGUAAAGGGCAUCAAGAGGGUAGAAGGACGAACGUGGUAUACAUCACAUCGUGGGCGACUUUGGAUUGCAGCUGCAGCAAAGAAGCCCACCCCUCAAGAAAUUGCAGAGGUGGAAGCCAUGUACCGCCACAUUUAUAAAAAAGAGCCCAUGUUUCCUAAAGACUAUCCCACUGGCUGCUUAUUGGGCUGCGUUAAUGUGACUGACUGUCUAUCUCAGCAGCAAUUCAGAGAACAGUUCCCUGAUACCUGUGAGGAGUCUGCUUCUCCAUUCGUCUUCAUCUGCAAAAACCCCCAGGAGCUGCUCGUGAAAUUCCCCAUGAAAGGGAAGCACAAGAUCUUCCUGGAUUGGCCUCCCCGGAGCACUGCUGAAGCAGUAUCGGAUCUUCUUGACAGAGAGCAGAACAAAAGGCAGCCAUACAAAGAGGAGCUUUUAAUGUCCUACAAGAAGCCUGGAGAACUAUUCCUGAAGACUACUUAAAAUUAAAUACUCAAAUAUUGACUUUUAAGUUUGCUGGAAUUGUAUAAACUUUGUUUUUGUUUUAUAUACUGCACAUGUUUCAAUCAAUGAUUACACCUUUUCCCAUUGUUUUGGCAAAAUAUAUGGGGUGAGGGAAGGUUCCAGACUUUUGCAUAGUAUUGUAUGAUGGAAAUAAUUUAUUUGCACAUAAGCUACAUAUGUAAAUGAAUCUCUGUAACCACAUGCAGUGUUUUGGACAGUACAGAACCAAAAUGCAAUUGUUCUUUAUUAGGGAUGUAAAUACAAAGUCCUUUAACAGCUUUUAAAGAGCUCUUCAUUCAGUUUCCACUGAACAUAUAGUAACUUGUGAACAUAUGACUCCACUGAGUACUUUGUGAACAAAGCUUAUCUUCUGCUACACAGAUUAGUCACACUGAUGGCUCUCCAGCAGAUACAAUAGAGCUCUCUUUUGUUGAGGUUUCUCACGACAAGAAAGGAAGUCAAGGGUAUAAUUGCCAAGAUGAGAAAUUCAGCUUCGACACCAGGUCAUGAUGGAAUCUCAAGUAGUGUAAUUCACUGACAUAUAUAAUCUGAAAAUCACUGGAAACUGGAGUCUUUUUUCCCCCCCGAGGACCUCAAGGUUGACAGUGAAGUUCUUUAAGCCUGAAGUGUCACCAACAUUUUCUUCUAUCUUUUUUAAAAGCCCUCUAAAUAGUUGGAAAGCAUAAUAUCAGAGCAUUACUUUUAUGCUGACAUUAUACAAUAAAGCAA